CUACACUGUCGUGGACACUGUUUAUCAGAAAUAUGGCUGCGCAUUAUUUGUAAUCAUGUAGUGAACAAGAACAUGAAAUAAUACAUUUUUCUUAUUUUCACAAAAUAUUCCAUGUAAUGGACGACACAUUCCAAAAAUAUAUCAUUCAGUUUGUGUGAAUUCAGUGAAUUUAAAUUAAUUUUUUAACUAUGCCCACUAAAUAUGGGCGUAGUUUAUCUCACGAAGAUUUGAGAGGUGCACAAGACAGUGAGAAGGAAUUUCUUUUGGAAUACGACAGCGACAUGGAGGAGGAAAUUGUACACGUUCACAGUAGUUCGGCCAGUGGUGAAGUUCACGUAGAUGGAAAAAUUUCCAGUGUGAAAAUACAAAUAAAAGAAGUGACGGAUACGAUGCGUGACAAUGUGCAAAAAGUAAUGGAAAGAGGAGAAAGAAUGGAAGAUUUACAGGCAGCCAGUGAUCGAUUAAAUAUGGUGGGAAAUGAAUUUAGAGAUGCUGCAAAGAGAGCUCAACGCCGUGCAUGGAUGCAAAAUAUUAAAUCCCGAAUAAUUGUCAUUGCAAUUACAUUGACAAUUAUUCUUUGUAUUAUAGUUUUAGACGUCGUCGUGCUUUACCUCGUCCUGAGAUAGCAGACAAUUUUAAGGAAUCAAGUGCCUAUCAUCAUAAAGUAUUCCUGACCGAAUUGGUCUCGAUGUUCAUCACCAAUUUACCUCUAAAUGUAAUAUAUAUAUAUUGUUUAUUAUUUCUUUUUAUAUAACAAGGCUGCUUAACUAUAUUGUAUAUUAUUAUAUUUGAAAGUCUUUAUAAAUAUACACAAGUUUUCAUGAAAAAAGGUGAUUAAUAAUUUUUGCUAUUGUAUUUAUCAAAGUAUUGGAACAUCAUCUGAUAAUAAGACAAUUUAUGACGCGCUCGUUCAAUCACAGAUCCGUAACAAAGUUCAAUAACCUAUUUUUCAAACACAAUAACUGUAAUCAAUAUUAUCAUUUAUAGUUGACGAUGAUAAAGUGACGAGUCAUUUUUUAUCAAUUGGAUAUUUAUUAAUCACAAAAAAAAAGUUGGUGUUCAUUUUAGUUUGUAGAACUGAAUGAAACUUACAUUCAUAAAUUCAAAAGGAUAUGACUCGUUAUUCAUUUUGUCUCUAAUCAUUGAAAUUUGUUGAGAGUGCCCACCACUACUUGUACUCAUGUCCAUUACAAUUAGAAUUUUCAUAUUUUGAUAUUUGCUAACGUUUUCGCCAAUACUUUUUUCUUUGUAUCUUUGAUGAAAUGGGAUUAAAGUAAUAUAAAAAGGCAGUGGAGAAAAUAUUUUUAAAUGUAGUGUAAUUUAUUUUACCCGUAAUAAUUAUCUUCUAUUGUUGGUAGUCCGAGAAGUCUUUCGGCAAAAAAGGCAGUGGUCCCAGUCCAGAAUAGCGGAGGAUGAUAUACAGACACUGCCUUAAUCAAAGUUGGUUCCUUUAGGGCAAUUAGAAUUGCAACCAUUCCACCAUAUUGUUCACCUUGGAGGAAGAUAUUAUCGCCAUCGAUGUACGAAAGAUUAUUUAACAUCCAGUGGAGGACUUCUAGAAGGUCUUUAACUUCUGGGCUACCAAUGUUUCUGUAAAGUUCUGAUUCGAAUUCGUAUCCUUGAUAUCCGGAACCUCUGACAUCAGCCACAGCGUAAAUGUACUCUUUUUCAAUGGAAGCAUAAGUUCCUUCGGAAAAGAUUUAUUAUUGGUGAGAAUAUCUGUUGUAUGAUACUAUUUUGUUGUAUCAAUAUAAGGAGAAUAUUAGAAUUUAGAA